UUUUAGAAUUUAAAAAUGGAACAGCCUUCUAAAAAUACUAAAAACACUUCAAGUGAAAGUAUUAAUUCGCAGAAAAAAGCUCGUCAAUUUGACUUUGAUUUGCUUUUUGCUCAAACAAUUGAAUCAAAACAAACAGAACAAGAAUCUGCUGAUUUUAGUCGAAUUUCAUUGCAGGGAAGUGUUGAUGAUAUAACAAAAAUUGAAAGAAAUGUUGAACGAAAUAAACAGGAAGAUGAUUUUGUUGGUCCACCUAUUCCAGAAAAUUUAAAGAAUUCAAGGCAAUAUCAAGAGGAUGAGGAAGUAGUUGGACCUCCGCUCCCUUCCGAUUUUGUAUUGGACAAAAAUGUUUUAAUUGAAAAUGCAGACGAUGCUGGAUUUGACGAGGAUGAGAUAAAUGUGUCAAGUGUCAUUCCCGCUUCUUACGAAGUUUCAGUCAAAACUGACACGACAAAAGCAAUAACGGCCUUAGCAUUUGAUCUCCAGGGGGCUAAAUUUGCAAUUGGUACUUAUUCUUAUUCUGUUAGUAUUUAUGAAUUUCAACGAAUGGAUAGUUCUAUGAGUUCUUUCAGACAAAUUUAUCCUUGUGAAAGUCAUGUAAUCAACGAUUUGGCAUUCAGUAACAAUGCUGAAAAUUUAUUAGUUGGAAGUAGCAGUCCAAUACUCAGAUUGCUUGACAGACAAGGCUCUCAAUGGGCAGAGACUGUCAGAGGAGAUCAAUAUUUGGUAGAUCCAGCAAAUACAAAAGGACACACUGCAGCAAUUAAUUCUGUUUGUUGGCAUCCUUUGAGUAAAAAUGAAUUUUUGACUUGUGCCGAUGAUGGAACUUUACGUAUUUGGGAUAUUAAUGAUUACAAAGAUGUAACAAAAUGUAUAAAUACUCAACGUAAAUUAAUCAAAACAAAAAAUUCAACGGGUAAACGGGCAUUGGCUACUACUUGUUGUUAUUCUAGAGAUGGGAAAUUAAUUGCUGCAGGGUGUGAUGAUGGGUCUAUUCAAAUUUGGAAAAAUGGAAAACUUUUUGUAAAUACAACAUAUUUAUGUAGAACUGCCCAUACUGGUUUAAUAACUCGAUUACAAUUUUCACCUGAUAAUGAAAGAAUUAUUUCUCGUUCAAUGGAUGAUUCGUUAAAAUUAUGGUCCUUAAAAGACUUCAAAAAACCUAUAAAAUCAGCAACAAAUUUAAAAACAAUAUUUCCCCAAACAGAUUGUGGUUAUAGUCCUCAUGCAGAAUUUAUAUUUACAGCAACAAAUGACAAAACUAGAGAAGGAGGGGAAAAUGGUUCUUUAUUGUUUUUUGAUUCUGAAACACUUGAAUUACUUUAUAAAAUUGAAUAUGAAAAUCAGGGUUGUAUCCGAGCAUUAUGGCAUCCAAAAAUUAACCAAAUAUUUGUUGGAUUAAGUGAUGGAACUUGUAAAAUUUAUUACGAUCCUUCAAUUAGUGUUCGUGGUGCAAUUCAAUGUGUUGGUAGACCAAUUAAACGUUCAAGAGAAAAAGAAGUUGUUAAAGAAGAAUUAAUAUUAUCACCAUUAACUCUUGAAAUGUUUCAACCUCGUGGUGAAGAUGGCGAAGAACGUGAAGUAACUGAAUGGAGAUUAAGAAAAUAUUUAAGAAUGCAAAGUAAACAGAAAAGGCCCCAAUUUAGACAACCUGCCGCUAUGCCUAUGUCUGGUCCAAGCACCGGUGGUCGAAUACGUCCACAGGGUGGAACGUUGCAUGGCUUUAUAGCUAAAGAAAUGGGAUUAGUUAGAAAUAAAGAAUUUAUUGAUGAUGAAGAUAUUCGUUCAGCAAUUCUUCGGCAUGCUGAAGAGGCAGAGAAAGAUCCUCAAUUUAUUACAAAAGCCUAUACUUUAACACAACCAAAUCCUGUAUUUCAAGAAUCGACAGAAGAGGAAAAGGGAGAAGGGGAAGAAGAUGAGCCUGUUUAUAAAGUACCCAGAUUGGGGUAAAAAAAGGGGGAACAUUUGGGGAUUUCUUUUUGGAGUUUUCUACAAAUUAUUAAAUAAAAUUUAUU